AUGAAUAUGCCUCGAGCUUCCGCAUUGGCAAGCUCGGUUGAUGGAAAAAUAUACGUGUUUGGAGGGUCCAAGAAUUACGAUACAUCGGCAGAGGUAUUUGAUCCAAAGACUCAAACUUGGACCCCUCAUUUUCAUCAUGUGGUUAUGGUUAUAGAGAGGAAGCAGGAUUCACCGCUAUAUGAGGAGUAUGGAAGCUUCUACUUCUUGGCAAGUGAUGAGAUAGGAAGCAAAACCGAUUGGUGUAUCAUUGAGAAACAAGUGUACUAUCGUAGUACUCGCGGAAAAAUCUUAUGGUGUGAGCUAGAUGAAUUGAGGGAUUGGAAGGAAGUGAAAGGUUUGGAAGAGCUGCGACACUCUUUCUCUAGCUCAAGGCAUUCCUUUCAUAUAGUCAAACUCUGCAACAAUUCAGCUGGAAACAUUGUUAUCUUCUGGAUCUCAGAGAGUUUAGACCUUUGGUCUGCCGAGAUUUAUGUGGAGAGGCGCGAGGGAGGCGAGACUUGGGGGAAGAUUAAGUGGUCCAAUGUUGUCUUUAAAGUUGAUCCCUUCUCAAACCCAUCAUAUGGUGUUAAGAUCUUAUAUUGUGCAUCUGUCUUUGUAUGA